AAAAGCUACAUAGUGUGUUAGUUAGCCCUUAAGUGAGAGAUCAUUUCAAAUAAGAAGACUAGUCAGUUUAUCAUAAGUGUCAAUCUCCAUUAAACAAAAUAAAAAUGUUAGUUGUUUUCUUAAUAUAAGGAAUUAAGCUAGCAAAAUGGACAAAUUAACUUUAAUAUCAGGAACACUUUUUAUGGCAGCUGAUGUAUUUGCAAUAGUUAGCUUGGCUAUGCCAGACUGGAUCAUUACAGAUGUUGGAGGAGAUACUAGAUUGGGUUUAAUGUGGACAUGUAUGACUCUGUAUAAUAGACCACAAGUAUGUUUCACGCCAGACCUUCAACCGGAAUGGUUAUUAGCAUUAGUGUGUAUAUUUGUUGGAUGUAUUUGUAUAACCACUACCAUUAUUCUACUGGCUUCUUCACAUUGGGAUAGAAAUGUAGUACCAUAUGCUAGAUGGGUAGGAUUUACAGCAAUGGUAUUAUUUUGCUUGGCAGCAGUGAUUUUCCCAAUGGGCUUUCAUGUAGAUGAAAUUGGAGGACAACCCUAUCAACUACCUGGUAGUCAUCAAGUUGGUAUCUCAUAUAUUCUUUUUAUCUUAUCUCUAUGGAUAACUGUCAUUUCAGAGCUAUUUGCAGGCAAAGUAUGUCUGCCACAUUUUUAGCAUAAACAUUUUAUUCUUUCAAUAUUGAUUAUUGCUGGAACUUACUAUUCGUAUUUUUGGGGGAAAAAGAUUCCAUAAUUCAUAGGCAUUACAGCUAUAUAUGAAUCCUUGGAUUGUUCUGCUUUUUUUUAAAUAGAGUGAUCCACAAAAUGCAUGUCAAAUUAAACACAGACAUUGAUUUUUUCGUUAGGAAAAUUCAAAUGUAGUUUAAAAUAUUUUUUUCAAUAUUGAGUGUGAAAAGGACUAUUGUGUCUUUAAAAUUCCAACAUUGUAUAAAUCAAAUAUGACAAUUUUUCAGGAAGCAAAAAAACUGCUUUUUAUAGCUAUCAAUACAUUUUUUUUGAAAAUUUUUAAACAUAGAUUGGAUUUAAGAUUUUUGUCUGUUAUCUUGAGGUGCAUCUUUGGAUUCUAUAUCAACUGACAUUUAAAAAUAAAAAAGGCAUUUUUUGAAUUUACGUGGUGUUAAAACUUGAGCCACAAAAUAUUAUCUCUAACGUUUAUUUAAUAACAAUUAGCAAUUCUAUAGGUUGUUUUGUUGACUUUGAGGCUAAAAUGAAAAAAAACUCGCAUAUGCCCUAAUGAGACUCCUCCAGUGAGAAGAUCUCUUACACACUUCAUUUUAGGUCUGUUAGCCAGUUUCUCUUCAGUUUUUGGUCAUAUCUUUCUUGCAUCAAUGGUUGGAGUAGGAGAAUAACGUGUGAUUCCAGCCUUUGGUAAUGCAUAUGGCUUCUCUGUUGUAUUGUUUCUUGUACUGUGGUAAUUAGAAGGUCUUCAUGUACCAGGGAGCAUCAAUAAUUUAAAGACUGUCUUUAAACAUAUUUUUGGAGCUAUGAUAAUUGAAUGGUAUUUAUAUGCAGCAAAACACCUUUUCAGUACCUUCUAAUAGUGUAUAAUUUUCUUCCUUAUGUACCUCUUUACUCUUUGCCAACAUUGGCAAUCACCAUUCCUGAAUUCUUGAUUAUACGCAUGUUGCGAUAAUAUUUCAAAUGAAUAUAUUUUUUCUAUUUUGACAAUUUUUUCGGAACUUAUGUAUCUUUCUAGCUAUAUAAGAAAUAUAUUAGCGACAAAUUCAACAUUUUGCCAACAAUUUUUUUAGAUAAAAAACUUGAAAUAGGUCGAUUUUUAAUUUUAAGUGUAAGUUUUAACAGUAUUUGAACAUGGUUUACUACCUAAUGCCCAUAGAGAAGAAAACAAAAAGUAAUUACAUUUAUUUAGAGAAUAAUUUUAAAAUAAACGAAGUGUAAAAAUUCUCUCUAAUUCGGUCUGGCGGCUUCUGUAUAUUUUGCAAUUUUUCUGCUUUAGUUUUAUGACUCCAUUAAAAAAAAUUAGUUAUUAGAUAUGUAUAUCUAGGGGGUCACUCUAUUAUUCUUCGUAUACCAAUCCAUGUCCAAGGAAAACAGUAGUUCAAAUGCCAUCAAACACAUAAUGGGGAAGUGCACAAUCUUUUUAUUAAUGAACAAACUCAAGUACUAGCUGUUGGUUAAGGUCUGUAUAAUGUACAGAUGCAAAUUCAAAUUUUCAUUAUUUCAAUCAAUGAAAGACCUAUAACUAUACCAUGUGUAUCAAUUUUAUACAAUACUCAUUAAUAGCUUGGAGAUUAACAUAUUACGUUAUUAUUUUCCCCCCCUUAUUUUUAAUUCAAUGAAAUCUUUAUCUGUGAUUAUUCAAAUUCUAAUUGAGCUUUAUUUUAUGUAAAUAUUGUAUUUUACGUUUUAGAAUAAAUGAUUCUAUGAUUUAUAAAAAA